AUGCACCCGUCUGCGGGGUUACAAUCCUCCCGUUUGCUCCCGACGAUCUCGCACAACGACCUUAGCGAGCACACAUCAGUCGUUCGCUGCUGCAAGGUCAGCAAUCCCAGGCCCGAGAGGCGGAAGCCUAAUGUGUUAAUUGGCCCAAGGCGAGGAGGGCCCGGGACGACACGAUGGGUUAUUUCGAGUUCUGAGGUUUUGAAACGAGAGGUCGGGAGGAUCGGACGGCUCGUGGCUUGCUCCAUUGUUUUUCAUAGAGAGGACAGAGAGACCCGACUAGGAUGGAGAGACUUGGCAAGGUGUUUCGCACCACAUGGUUAUUUCCAAAGCGAGAACGGAAGGAUACGGCUAUUUAUGAAGUCGGGACGACCCGAGGAGAUGUUACAGUGCUCCAAUAUUCUCUCACGAACUGGCAAGAGGGGGCAAAGGGACCUCGAUCACGGACCCGAUGAACUCACCGAGCUCAGUUUAACAUCCGAAGACAGCUUGGCUGAGGGACGAGCUCAUGUGGCUCGGAUGACCUCACGCCGAGUUGAGGUCACUUCACAAAUUCGAAAGUUGAGGUCGCUUUGGCACUCAAUAUUUGCCUAG